AUGGCUGAUGAAGAUGAUGUUAUUGAAGAAGAAACUGAGGUAGCAGGAAGUCGCAGAGAAAGUGAAACUACAAUCAGCCCCGAGACAGAGAAACCUCUUGCACCUCCAAAAUAUGAAGUGAGACCGGGACUUGGUGAGAAGUUUCAAGCUCAAAAUGUGCGAGACAUCAUUCUAUCUACGAUGCAAGAGCAGCUUAUGGGCCGGCAAUAUCGUACUGAUCAAGCACCGAGAUGGGCUAAAGCAAUAGCCAAUGCGGUUCGGCAGCGGGUUCAAGAAUUAGAUAUGAAAAGGUAUAAAAUUGUAGUUCAAACUACAAUACUAGAAAUGAAAGGAGCUGGAAUUAAAUGUGGACAAAGGUGUAUCUGGGACCCGGAGACAGAUGAUUACAUAGAUGAUCUCUUCAAGAAUGAUACGCUAUUUUGUUAUACCAUAGUUUACGGCAUUUAUAUGUAUUGAGUGAGUUGAGUUAGCUCGGUUGGUCUGCGAUGCGGAAGUUAAGCAAAUUUCCGGCGGGCUGAUCAUAGGAUAGGAGAUCAAAAAUUGAUGAUCUCGAGCUCCUCC